GGAAAAUCAAAGCAGCUGCUGGGCGUAAGUAAGAUGGUGCACCAAUUCAAAGGCUCGCGUGUUUAUUUUUGUUCAGAAGUACCACUUCUUUUCGCUUAUGCCUGAUGUAGCUUUUUAUUUUCUCCAUAUUUCGGAUAUCGCAAAUAUAGGGCGUGUUUUUUUUUUCUUACCCCCGUUUUACUGACUGUACGUCAUCUCUAGGUUUAGCUUAAACUGGACUGAGUGGAUGUAUCCAGCUUAGCUUAGCUUAGGUAGCUAACUCGGUCCUCCCUCAGCAGCGAAUUAUCAAGGUCGAGAAUUGAAUGGAUGCACUAGAACGCAGCCUGUUAAUGCUUUUCUGUCUCUGAACAUCUGGCAAGACCGUUUUUAAAGGGCCUCAGAGACGAGGUAGGUCAGUUAAAGAUGUCAAUCACAAACACGCCGACCAGUAAUGACGCCUGCCUGAGCAUCGUGCACAGCCUGAUGUGCCACAGGCAGGGUGGCGAGAGCGAGACUUUUGCCAAACGAGCCAUCGAGAGUCUGGUGAAAAAGCUGAAGGAGAAGAAGGAUGAACUUGACUCGCUCAUCACAGCCAUCACCACCAACGGGGCUCAUCCCAGCAAGUGUGUGACCAUCCAGCGCACUCUGGACGGCCGGUUACAGGUGGCCGGACGUAAAGGUUUCCCUCACGUGAUCUACGCCCGCCUAUGGAGGUGGCCCGACCUCCACAAGAAUGAGCUGAAGCACGUUAAAUACUGCCAGUUUGCCUUCGACCUAAAGUGUGACAGCGUCUGCGUGAACCCUUACCACUACGAGCGGGUGGUUUCACCAGGUUUGGACCUGUCCGGACUCACACUGUCAGGUCCUGGUUCUUCUGGCCUCAUGGUGAAAGACGAGUACGAUUAUGACUGUCCAGCAUCUUUACCCAGUUCUGAGGGCCACAUGCAGACCAUCCAGCACCCUCCGACAAGACCCAUGCCUGAGCCAGCCUUCAGCAGCCCUGCCCUACUCCCUCCUGCUGAAGGCAGCAGCUCGGCCUCCACCUCUGCCUUUUCCAGUAUCCCAGUGGGGUCCUCAACUCAGCCCAGUAUUCUCUCAGGGAGCCGUAGCAGCGAGGGGCUGCUACAGAUUGCUUCAGGGACAGGACAGGGGACGCAGCAGAAUGGUUUCCCCCCAGGCAACUCCUCUACUUACCACCACAGUGCGACCUCCACUUGGACAAGAAGCAGCAGUUUUACUCCCAGUGUGCCUCCACAGCAAAAUGGCCAUAUACAACAUCAUCCACCCAUGCACCAUCCAGGACACUACUGGCCUGUGCACAAUGAAAUAGCAUUUCAGCCACCCAUUUCAAACCACCCAGCUCCUGAAUACUGGUGUUCCAUUGCCUACUUUGAGAUGGACGUGCAAGUUGGCGAGACUUUUAAGGUGCCCUCAAAUUGCCCCAUUGUGACCGUGGAUGGCUAUGUGGACCCGUCAGGAGGAGACCGCUUUUGUCUGGGCCAGCUAAGCAACGUGCACAGAACUGAGGCCAUUGAAAGAGCGAGGCUGCACAUUGGUAAGGGCGUCCAGCUGGAAUGUAAAGGUGAGGGUGAUGUGUGGGUGCGUUGCCUCAGUGACCAUGCAGUCUUCGUGCAGAGCUACUACUUGGAUCGAGAGGCUGGCCGUGCCCCCGGAGACGCCGUGCAUAAGAUCUACCCGAGUGCAUACAUCAAGGUGUUUGACCUGCGUCAGUGCCACCGGCAGAUGCAGCAGCAGGCGGCUACGGCUCAAGCGGCAGCUGCGGCUCAGGCAGCGGCGGUGGCUGGAAACAUCCCUGGGCCUGGAUCUGUGGGAGGCAUCGCCCCGGCAAUCAGUCUGUCUGCUGCAGCUGGCAUCGGUGUGGAUGAUCUGCGCAGGCUGUGCAUCCUGCGCAUGAGCUUCGUGAAAGGCUGGGGUCCCGAUUACCCAAGGCAGAGCAUUAAGGAGACACCAUGCUGGAUCGAGAUCCACCUGCACCGGGCCCUGCAGCUCCUGGAUGAGGUGCUGCACACCAUGCCCAUAGCUGACCCACAGCCACUGGACUGAGCACAACAUCCCUUCUCUCUCCCCCCGUUAGAGCCAGGCACCGAACUGAACGGGGUUUUGUUUUUCCACAAUCAGGUAACCAAUGCCGAUGAACUGUGCGACAGCGUGGACGAGUUCAAAGCCUCAAAAGGCGAGAUCAAGGAUGUUGGAACAGCACAGAUUUGACUUUUUAAUAGGGUGGAAAGAUGCUCCAUGAUUUCAUCCAAACACCUUAUUGUUGCUGUUCUUCUUCAGGCCCCAAACAAUGGCGCAAAAGUUCUCUUAACAAAUAAGGAAUCAAAUUGUGAACGUUAUGUGAGGAAACGGUUUAUGCUCUUCACACGCCGUUAUUAUUGUAAACCCAGGAAGUGCAUAAUGGACAUAAGUUCUUUAUAUAGGCUAAAGGUGUUUUUCCGGAAUUCAUGGAUGAUGUUUCCACAGUCUGCAACACACAGAUGUUCAGGGAUGUUGCGUGCAUGUCUGCGCUACCAGAAAUUAAUCACUGCUUUACAGGGGAAUGUUUAAUGAAUUACGUUUGUGACUUAUUGUUCCAUACUGACCCGUGUGUUAAUAUAGUGCAGGAAGUAGGCUUUUCUCAUUAAUUAUAAAACCACUUGUAAGGGUUUGGGGGUUCUUGUCGUCCCUCCCCACUCCAGACCAACCCCUCAUCCUCUGUUGAAAGCAUGUUUGCUUUCAGUUACGUUUUAGGAACGGGAGGGAGACCGAAAACUGAGAUCAGAGAUUCAAGUUCGGUUGAUGUCAGGAAAUUGUAAGCAAAUCACAGCUUUUCUGAAAUAUUGUUAAAAAUGCAGGAUUGUUCCACUUGGAGAUGAGACUGCACCUUUUAACUGCUGUUUCAUAAAUCGAGCCAUCCCUUAGCUUAUUAAACCAUGUAGCAUUUUUUUUUUUUUUUUGGGUCUGUUUUUUUGCAAAACAGUAAAGUAAAUCAAACUAGUUUUGACUCUGAUACUACUUGCAACCAUGUUCUCCAGGCAAGAGAUAGGAAGGGGAAGCAAUAAACACAUACUUUUGCAAUAUAAAGCUUUUAAGACGCGCAGGGUCGGAUCAGCUUCAUUUGUAUGGCUGCAAUAAUUUUUUUGGGGGCUAAAUAAUUGAAUUAAUAUAGCACUUUAUUGAAGUUUUUUUUCCUUCCCCUUCCUACAUUUCUGCUUUAACAUUUUAGCACAACCAAUCUGUGACACGUUAUUGGGGAAUUUUAACUCUCAUUAGGGUUCAUUCACAGCUUCAUGACUCACUAUUUUAAGUUUUUUAAACCCAUACGUCAGUGCUUUUUCUGUCUGAAUGCAUGUUCAAAGGGCUUGUGGUGAUUCAUACAAACUUCUUGGCCUUGAGACAAGCCUCGUAUACCUCUCUCUCUGGAGAACCAUGCUCAUAAUUUCAUAUCCUUUUUAAAUUCCCAUCCUUCUCAGUGAAUAAAUCUCGUGUUGAUUCGAAUGAAACUAGAAAAACUAUGAGAUCAUGAAGCCAUAUGUACGGAGAGUCAGGAGAAUGUCAGUAUUACUUAAAGCCUGUGUAUGUACUUUCUGGCUUUCUUUCUUCUUUCUUUUGCGCUUUAAGUACAAACUGACCGAGUUUAGACAAUCCUGUAGGCAUGACCUGUCUUAGUGGUCUUACCUAGAAUGUUUCCUUUUGCUACUUUUAUGAUAUGCAGCCUGAUAUGUACUAAAGCAAUUUGUAUUAAAGAGGAUUGCGGUUUCCA